GCGAAAUGAUAACCUCUAAUUUGCUUUUAACUAGAAUCGGUAUACUACUUUUGGGUAUACAUUUGGCAGGGGCAGCACGAAAAUGGGACUAUGAGCCUAUAUCACUGGCCGCAACCUCUUCGGAUGAAAGUAAGGCCAAGAUUAACCUGAAAAUCGAUCGUCUGGGGCGUGCAGAAUGGGGGAUGUCCGGCACCAUAGAGUGGAAAUAUGAUAUGAAUUUAGAAUCUAUGGUGGAGGCCACUGCUUAUCGCAGUAGUUCGGGCGAUGAGAAUGACUACAAGCUGUUACCUUGGUCAAUUCCCAAACAAAAAUUCUAUGAUUACCUCAAUACCUACUACAAGGAUGUGAUCAUAAAAAACCUGGGCCACUGUUCCAACCUUCCGAAAUUUGAGGGAAAAUUUCAGCCUCCCUGGCCACAGAACACCUAUAAGUUCGACAAGUGUAAGGUCGAUGGUGAUGGACUACCGGAUGUCGCACCACCCGGAUAUUACAAGAUUUUAUUUACCCAAUUUGGUUCUGGACAGCCUACAUGGGGUUUUACGGCGAUUUUUAAGCUGACAGCCAAAGUAUUUUAGAUUGGUACAUGUUCAAGGAUCGAGAAAAUUCAAUAUUUUUUAUUUCAUUAAUAAGAUCCAAUAUUUUUUUAUUUCAUUAAUAAAUAAACUAAUUCACCCAAAAAUUUGAGAAAAUUAA